AUGGCAGACAAUCAACCCAAGGAGGGAGACCAAGGUAUGCUACCGUUCUGGCCCCGAUCGCGUACCCGUCCUUCAGCUUCCCCAUGCAUCGGCGACCACAAACACUUGACCUCGCCGUCGCUGGCGAGCUUGUCGCAUCACGCCAGCCCUGUGUCGCAUAAGGUCCUCGAGUCUGGCUUAGUCAUCCACUCUCGCUGUCCCCAUGCGCUUUGAAACGAAAUAACGCCAUCGCUAUCAAUCGUUUCAUAAGCUUCAAUCCCAUCUUCGAGGCUAACAUGUCGUUACGCGCGCAGUCUCCUGGCAAUGGUCCGGCAGUCGUCCUGGCGGCACUGUCUCUGAGGUGAAGGAGCAUGGCAAGGUCGAGAUGGAGACCAAGAACAACAAUGUCGUCUCCAAGGAGGCCGACGGUCCAGAGAACCCUGCUGUGAAGAUCGACCGCGAGGGCCACGACGUGGUCAAGAAGGCUAGCGAAGUGGAUGUCGAGCAAGCCGGCGACAAGCACAAGGAAGACCAGGGCAAGGAGAAGCAAGUGGGCGAGAAGAAGGAGAACGGCGAGGCCGACACUGGCGACAAGCGCAAGGCCGAGGCCGAGGACGACGCUGGCGAAGACGCCAAAGACGCCAAGAAGGCAAAGACUGAUGAGCCCAAGGCGAACGGCGAAGCUGCUGCUCCCAAGAAGAAGGGCCGGCCGGCGAAGAACGCCAACGGCGCGCCCAAGAAGGAGACGAAGAAGCGCGAGCCUAAGAAGGCCGCCACCGAGACGGGCGAGCCACGUCGCUCUGCUCGUACCGCGUCGAAGGCUUCGUAG